AUGGCCAGAACUGAAGAAUGUCCUGACAAGCCGUUUGAUCCAAGCAACCAGCGGAACAUCCUGAUAACAUUGAAAGAAUCAGACACAGGCUCGAGUGUUACGAUAACGAUGACAAAAAAGUUGGUAGAAGACAACUUGUUUCCUUGGUGGGAUAAACGUCGUUGUAAAGCAUUUUCACAAGAUAGCUUUGUGGAGUUAAUUGAUCUGUUCGAAUACGAUUCAAAGAUCACAAUUACUCAUACCGUGAGAAGAGAUCCUGAUGGAAAUUUCACGUUUUAUGGUUGGGGUACCAUCCUUGCAACAAGAAAUUUCAAGACAGGCGAUAUUAUUGGAUUUUGGUGGGAUAAACUUCAUGAUAGACUCAAUUUUCAACUAGUCAUGAAUGCUUAG